ACUCCACUAAAAGAUGGAUAGGAUAAUGGUACCUCUCCUUCCAAAGCAAUCAAGAAAUUUUCGCAGGAGCUCAAUUCUGAUACAAUGGCAGCUGCUGCUCUCUCUCUUUGUUAUUCUCUCACUCCAAAACCUUCCCACAACCAAAAUACAACCGCCCUUUCUCUAUCUAGACCCAACGUUUCUUCUCUGUCCCACUCUCUCUCAUCUCUCACUCUCACCGCCCGCAAACAGCCCGCAUUUUCGUUCUCCGUAAAAUCAACGGACACAGAGGCUGCAGUUUCUGUGAGUGCUCCCGAAAUCGAAAGCCCGGUUCCAGAAAGUGAGCCCGAUGUUGAAACCGCGGAGCCCAAGCGCGAGGAAGUUUUUGCUGUUGUGAUGGUUGGAUCUAGGCAAUACAUCGUCUUCCCUGGACGUUUUAUCUACACACAGAGGCUUAAAGGCGCAAGUGUAAACGACAAGAUCACCCUAAACAAGGUGUUGCUAGUUGGAACAAAAACAAGCGCGUAUAUUGGAAAACCAAUCGUGCCUAAUGCCACAGUUGAGGCCGUUGUUGAAGAGCAAACGCUGGAUAAGAAGGUGAUCGUGUUCAAAUACAAGAAGAAGAAAAACUACAGAAGAAACAUUGGUCACAGACAGCCUAUUACAAGGAUACGAAUAACGAGCAUCACGGGAUACCAAAACUCUCCCGUGACGACCCUUGAUUCUUGAGGAGAUUGUACACUAGAUUACAGAACUGUCUGCUUGUUAGAUUUCAUUUAUUUUUUUGAAAGAUGAUGUCGUCUACUGUCAAUGCCUCUUGAUUUUGGUGGCAAACUGCUAACUAGAAGUUGGAGUGUAGAGAUCCCAUCUAGGGCAUUAUGUAGCCCCCGUCAUUUUGAUUAUCAAAUCUUGUUUUGACAAUAUUUUCAGCUGUAAUUGCUGGGCAGUUGCUUCUAGAUUCUGUUCUUGCAAAA